ACACUGUGAUCCUCAUAUGGAAUAAAGAAAUGGUGGAUCAGUUUUCCAAUGCCGACCUGCGUCACUCAGAGGCACCAAUAUCUGUGUCAGCAUCCUUUGAGAAAGACGAAACAAGAGCAGAAUCUGUCACCGAUGCACUCGAAAAGGCUCCAAAAGGCGACCGACUCUCGAUUCUACAGGAGUAUCUCUUAGGGUCUGCAAAAGUUGACUCGAACCUUUUAGGAAAAUGUAAAAAUCGUUCAAAACAGCGACAGAAGUCACUACUGACUCUAUAUUCAGAUAGUAGGAUGCACAUCAAGGCCGUCCAGUGGUUCGGAAUAGAGAGUGAAGAGGCCCGAUGCAUGGCCCACAAGUAA